AUGAGAGUAUCGGCAUUCUUUGCCGUUGCCCUUGGUUGGAUCACCAGCGCUAGUGCCUUUGCAGUCCCCGAUGUCCUGCAAAAGAUUGAACAGAAACUUCCCACCAGAGACGCUCCUCCACCGAAAUACUUUAGGGAAGCAUCACAGUAUCCCCACUAUGAUUCGAGAUAUUUUGAGGAAGCCCUCGAGCCACAGCUUCAGAAUGCAGGCAUCAAAGUCCUCAUGCAGACAUACCUAGCCACAUUUCGAGAUCUGGGAGUCCAGACCUGGUUAAUGCAUGGCUCCCUUCUCGGCUGGUGGUGGGGAAAGAAGACCCAUUCUCUAACCGAAAGGAUUUCUCAGGUCAUGCCAUGGGACCUAGACGCUGAUGUCUCAGUCACUGAGGCAGACAUGUAUUUCCUCGCUGCCUAUCACAACAUGACCAUCUACUACUACCAGUACGAUGCGUGUCCGGAGGGUUGCUUCUUUCAGCUGGAGAUAAACCCGUAUCAUAAAUAUCGCGAGAGGGAUGAUUACAUGAACUUCAUUGAUGCAAGGUGGAUCGAUAUGCAGAAUGGCCUGUUCAUUGACAUCACUGCGGCGAGGUAUGACCCCGGCCAUGAGAUGGGCGAUGGUGUUAUGUAUGAUAAGCAUGACCACGAGUUCAAGGACAAGUACAUCUUUCCUCUGUUAGACACCACCUUUGAAGGUGUUCAAGCCAAGAUUCCGUACAGGUACAGGGAGAUCCUGACCUCGGAAUACGGCAAGGGAGCAUUGUCGAGGACUGAUUACCAUGAUCACCGAUUCGACACAGAAAAGAUGCAGUGGAUUCCUAUGAACUAG